AUGAGCAAAGACAAACAGCUUAACACCCUGUCAGAGCUGAACUAUUUGUUAGUGCAAAUUAAGAAAUUGCAGUUGGAUAAUGUUUAUUUUUCAGAAUGUUUAAAACUAAAAAUUUUACCUAAAGGUCUGUGUAUGUGGCGUUUUCCAACAGGCCUGGUCCCGGACACUCUGUUUCAUAACGAAUUAAUUGAACUUUUUGAUAGGCAUGGAAUGGAAUAUAUGGCUUUAGCAGUAAAACACAAUAAUUUGUUGACUGAUUCUUUAACAGAGCAAGUGGCACAAGUGGACAAUUAUGUGGUAAAUGGCCAAACUUACAGAAAGUUCGAGACUGAGUACACUAGAAUUUUUAAAAGUAUUGAUGAACAAAUUAAUAUUAUUAAGAACAAGAAGGUGAAAAAGCUCUUAAGUGACCAAAAGGCAUAUGCAGAAAAUAAGGUGUAUACCCCACCCCCAGUUUCUCAACAGUGGGGGAGUAAAUUUGGCAAUAGACAAUCUGGUGUACCCCGAACACAUGUUCUGCACACGAGUGCCCCUGCUGAUAAUGUACAUGAUUUUAGUGAAGAGCAAGUGGCACAAGUGGACAAUUAUGUGGUAAAUGGCCAAACUUACAGAAAGUUCGAGACUGAGUACACUAGAAUUUUUAAAAGUAUUGAUGAACAAAUUAAUAUUAUUAAGAACAAGAAGGUGAAAAAGCUCUUAAGGGAUCAAAAGGCAUAUGCAGAAAAUAAGGUGUAUACCCCACCCCCAGUUUCUCAACAGUGGGGGAGUAAAUUUGGCAACAGACAAUCUGGUGUACCCCGAACACAUGUUCUGCACAUGAGUGCCCCUGCUGAUAAUGUACAUGAUUUUAGUGAAGGGUUGACUAGAGUUUACCUUUCUACAGUCCUUCCCUUUCUUCCAACAAACAGUGAAAAUCAAAGAUGUGCAAAUGAAUAUGGAGUCAUCUGCAUGUUGUAUUAUGGAGGACGGUUGUCUGAAUCUGUGAAAGGAGUUGGUGAUAAUGUUAAAGAGUGGAGAACCAAAUUUCACAUACGAGUUUACAGAGAUAUGUUGUGCAUGGUGUUUGCAACUGGGGAAAUUAACCAAAAUCCUCAUAUAUUGCCAAAUAUUACAAUGGGUUUUGAAAUAUAUGACUCAUGCAAUUCAGACACAAGAGCUUUCCAUAGUACCCUGGCACUCUUAUCUGGGAAAACGAAUGCAGUUCCAAAUUUUUCUUGUCGAUCAAUUCCUCAACUUACUGGUAUUAUCGGAGAUUUGAUGUCAUCAGUGUCUAUCACUGUGGCUAGGAUACUGGGAGUGUACCAUUUUCCACAGAUCAGCCAUGGGGCAGCUCAUCCUGUAUUAAGUAACAAACUGGAAUUUCCCUCCUUCCUUCGCACCAUUUCUGGCACUGUAUAUCAAGAUUAUGCUUUGGCCCAACUGAUUAACUACUUUGGUUGGAAGUGGAUAGGAAUUCUAACAUCAGGAAAUGAUUUAGGUCAAACAAGUACUCAGAACCUCAAAACAGAGAUUGAGAAAUCUGGAGCUUGUGUUGCUUUUAUAGAAAAAAUUUAUCCACAAUACUCCAGAGAAAAUUUUCAAAAGAUGGUAGACUUAGUUAAGCUAUCCUCUGUGAAUAUUAUCAUCAUUAAUAGUGGUGAUGUAUAUGCAAAAGCCGCUCUGGAUGCUCUUUUUGAAAACAAUGCAACUGGAAAAACAAUAAUUCUGAGUGCAUUUUGUACAAUAACUCCAGGGUUUUUCACUAAAGAGACAUGGACUCUGAUAAAUGGUACUUUAGGAUUAACGCCCACUGCUACUGAUAUAUCUGGUUUUAAGGAGUUCCUUUUUGGUGUAAAACCUUCUGCUUAUCCAAGUGACAUAUUUAUAAGAACAUUUUGGAAAGAAUAUUUCAAAUGUGCCAUGGAAAUGAAAAAUAAUUCUGAAGCAAAAUACUCUGAAGGAUUGAAUCAGGAAAUGUUUUACUGCUCAGGAAAAGAAAGUGUGAAAGAAUUUGAUAUAAAUUUAUUUGAACUGAAUGAUAUGAGUUAUACCUUCCAAGCAUAUAUUGCAGUAUAUGCAUUUGCACAUGCCAUACAUAAUCUUCUUAUAUGCAGACCUGGCUAUGGACCCUUCACUAAUGGAUCCUGUCCUGAUACUAAGAACAUUCAGCCAUGGCAGGUGCUCCAUUAUGUAAAGAAUGUUGAUUUCUAUACUAAAUCUGGAGAUGAAGUCCGUUUUGAUGUAACUGGUGAUGCCCUAAUGAGUUAUGAUAUUGUUAAUGUACAAAUACCAACAGCAGACAUCUUCAGGCUUAAAAAGGUUGGAAAGGUUGACCAACAGGCUACAAACAUGAAAGAAAUCACAGUCAACACAAGUGCUAUCAUAUGGCAUGAAGAAAAUAAUAAGAUCCCUUGCUCUGUCUGCAGUGAGAGCUGCCCACUUGGAUACAGAAGAAAUAUUAGAAGGGGACAGCCAGCCUGCUGCUUUGAUUGUUCUCCAUGUUCUGCAGGUGAAAUUGCAAAUCAUACAGAUGCAAGUGACUGCUUGAAAUGUCAGGAAGAUCAAUGGCCGAAUGACGAACAAAAUGAAUGUGUCCCAAAGGUUAUGGAGUUCUUAGCUUAUGAGGAUCCCUUAAGUAUAUUGAUGGUCAUCACUGCAGGUUUCCUGUGCUUUACCACAGCUGUAGUUGUAUGUAUUUUCAUCAAGUACAGGGACACACCAAUUGUCAAGGCCAACAAUCGAGAGCUUAGCUACCUUCUUCUGGUCACUCUUAAGCUAUGUUUCCUCUGUUCCUUACUGUUCAUUGGUCGUCCAAUAAGUGUGACCUGCAUGCUCCGUCAGAUAGUUUUUGGUGUUGUGUUUUGUACUAGUAUAGCUUCUGUACUUGCUAAAACCAUUACGGUUGUUAUUGCUUUCAAAGCAACAAAUCCAAACAGCCCAUUGAGGAGAUGGGUGGGUGUGAAGAUACCCUAUUCUCUAAUUGUGUGCUGCUGCUUAGUGCAAAUUUUUAUAUGUGCCGUUUGGCUACUUGUCUCUCCUCCAUUUCCACAGAUGGAUAUUAAGUUACCAAGGAGCCAUAUAAUACUGGAAUGCAAUGAGGGUAAAAAUGCAUUCUUCUAUUGUAUGCUAGGAUACUUGGGUCUUCUAUCUACUAUAUGUUUUGUAGUCGCAUUCCUUGCUAGGUCUUUACCUGACAGUUAUAAUGAAGCCAGAUACAUCACCUUCAGCAUGCUGGUGUUUGUAAGUGUUUGGCUUUCUUUCAUUCCAGCAUAUAUGAGCACAAAAGGCAAAUACAUGGUUGCUGUUGAGAUAUUUGCUAUCUUGUCUUCUACUGCUGGUUUGCUUGGUUGCAUAUUUGUUUACAAAUGCUACGUCAUUUUACUGCAACCCAACCUAAAUACUAGGGAAAAUUUAGUAGGCAAGAAAACAUUUAUUAAAAAAUAAAGUUGCCUUAGUCUGUGUUUUCUCAUGUAUGUUUUUUAGAAUAUUAAUAUAAAAUGAUUAUUGAAGUCAUAAUGUCUGCUACUUGUUGUAUCAGACUAACUUCUUUAUGAUAUGCUGUUUUGAGUAGAGGAAAGCAUUUGCUUUUGGAAAAUGUUUUAUUUAAUUAGAAUCUUAAUGCAAAUUGUAUUUUCUGUCUGAUAAAGAAUCAACGCAGAACUGGAUAAGAAAAUCAUUAGUAGACUGCCUCAGAUAUAUAUUCUAGAGAAACCGGGUUAUUUUACAAAUGCAGUAUCAAUGUCUUUUUGCAUGUAUUACUUCAUUAUGAACAGAGAACAAAAUGAGUCUUUCUAUGUAAGCAUCAUUGGAAGUUAUUUUCUAAGUAUUUGUAGUCUGACAGUUAUAUUUGUAUACUAUGUUUGCAUAAAAACUGUUUCUACAGAUUGUUGUUUCAUACCUGAAUGUUCAAGCAUCCCACUGGCAUUUCAUUGGCUUCGAAAGACAAUCUUAGUAUCAUAAUUAGAAUUAACAUAAGCAAGGAUUAUAAAUAAAUACAUUUGAGAAGCAUUGUUAGUGGAAUAUCAGGUGCCUGUAAUGAAGUAAGACAAUACCAUCUACUGUAUUUAACAGAGAGAGUAACUAAGCUAACUGAAAAUCUGAUCCUAAAAUGUAGGAAUGGUAAACUGUGCUUCUUUGUACACAUGUAAAUACAUUUUCUAUUAUACUAGAGGAACUGAAAUUGUAAUCAUGAACUAUAAUUGCUCUCACUCUCUCUCUCUCUCUCCUUUUGAAUUUAUAGUCUUCAUUUCAAUAUGUAGUUAGUAAUACUUUCAUUGGUAUUUCACUGUAAGUAAUGUCUUGUAUGAUUUUUAACUGGGGCCAAAAUGUGACAAAAAAACAAUGUAAUUUGCUUUUUAAGACUAUUAUGCAUGUAUUUAAUUGAUUUCUUGUGCUAGGAUCCUAGAUAAAAAAGGUCAGAGUGAUCAGCACACCUACCUAGUUAACAAAUAUAAUUAACUAAAUGGCAAAACAGCAUCCUUCUUGACUUACAUUGUAAAUGCUGCUUCUGUAAAAAAUAAAUAAAGUAGUACAACAUUAA